CUAAUAGUGCCGAGAGCCUAGCUAAAUUUUUUAACAAGUCUUACCGGCCAGGGAGCCAUUAAUCAAUUUCAGGUCCCACAAAUUUAAUUACCAGCCGCAGUAUAGAGUGGAGUGGAGUCUUCACGACGUUAGGAGCAGCAUGUUUCAGGAGAUUGUUGGCUUUAUUUUAUGUACCUCAGGGUGGGUCCUGGUGUCUUCUACUUUGCCAACUGACUACUGGAAAGUGUCUUCAAAUGAUGGAACGGUCAUUACCACAGCUACCUACUGGUCGAAUCUGUGGAAGACCUGUGUCACCGAUUCAACAGGAGUCUCCGACUGCAAAGACUUUCCCUCGAUGCUGGCACUGGAUGGUUACAUCCAAGUUUGCAGGGGACUCAUGAUUUCUGCUGUCUGUCUGGGGUUUUUUGGAUCCAUAUUUGCCCUUGUGGGAAUGAAAUGCACCAAAAUUGGAGGAUCUGACAAAAACAAAGCAAGAAUUGCCUGUUUUGCUGGUGUGAAUUUCAUUCUUAGUGGCCUGUGCUCACUCACAGCGUACUCCCUCUAUGCACACCGGAUAACAUCAGAGUUUUUUGAUCCAUUUUUUGUGGAACAAAAGUACGAGCUGGGAGCUGCUCUCUUUAUCGGCUGGGCAGGAUCUGUCCUCUGUAUUCUCGGAGGAACCAUGCUGUGCUUCUCAAUUGCAGGUUCUUUUACCAAUAGCAAAAGAGAGGCAAACUAUAUCUACAGAAGCGCCGUCUCACAUUCUCACAUCUCCUCCUACCCAAAAGGGCAGGCAAAGCCUGUAAACCCGAGGCCGACUCCAGCCCACAGCAGCUCCUCCAGGAUGCAGCACUUUGAUAAAAAUGUAUAUGUGUGACAAAUGUGAAUGCAAAACAUGUUUAGUUAAAGCAACCGGUGAGUCUUAGAAGAUAUGCUAAUUAAAAAAGAUACAGCACGCUCUAUGUAACUUUGUGGUAUCAGUUACACAACAGCGGAACCUACUGAUAUUGAUUCAUAUCUCACCAGGAAUUCACUUUUAAAUAUUUGUGCUUCUUCAAGGUGGAUUUAAGGCUUCAUGACACAGUUUACUCUCUGAACCUGGGUAAAUCAGCAAAUCCAAAACAUCUGACCCCAAAUGGGGCUUCCUGAUUAAAUGCUUGUCUCAUUUUUAUUUUUGUAGCUUCAUAUGGCCAUGAGUGUGCUCUAUUUUCUUUGUACAAAGUUGGUUUUGUCGUUGGUUUUGUCGGUUGUAACUGCAUGUAACCUAUCUGUGUUGUUAACCUGCAAUGACAAUGUCAGGA